GGCAGGUGACGCGCGCAGUAAGGGGGAGGCGUGGGCGCGUCCCCGACCCAGGAUUUAUAAAGGCGAGGUCUGGACCGACGCGCGCUCUCGUCGCCUUGGCUGUCCCGGCGGCGCCAACCUAGCUGCCCCGCCCGCUGCCGACGUCCGACAUGCUGAGCCGUGCUUUGCUGUGCCUGGCCCUGGCCUGGGCGGCUAGGGUGGGCGCCGACGCUCUGGAGGAGGAGGACAACGUCCUGGUGCUGAAGAAGAGCAACUUCGCAGAGGCGCUGGCGGCGCACAACUACCUGCUGGUGGAGUUCUAUGCCCCAUGGUGUGGCCACUGCAAAGCACUGGCCCCAGAGUAUGCCAAAGCUGCUGCAAAACUGAAGGCAGAAGGCUCUGAGAUCCGACUAGCAAAGGUGGACGCCACAGAAGAGUCUGACCUGGCCCAGCAGUAUGGUGUCCGUGGCUACCCCACAAUCAAGUUCUUCAAGAAUGGAGACACAGCCUCCCCAAAGGAAUAUACAGCUGGCAGGGAAGCUGACGACAUUGUGAACUGGCUGAAGAAACGCACAGGCCCAGCAGCCACAACCCUGUCUGACACUGCAGCUGCAGAGUCCUUGGUGGACUCAAGCGAAGUGACGGUCAUCGGCUUCUUCAAGGACGCAGGGUCAGACUCCGCCAAGCAGUUCUUGCUGGCAGCAGAGGCUGUUGAUGACAUACCUUUUGGAAUCACUUCCAAUAGCGAUGUGUUUUCCAAGUACCAGCUGGACAAGGAUGGGGUGGUCCUCUUUAAGAAGUUUGAUGAAGGCCGCAACAAUUUUGAAGGUGAGAUCACCAAGGAGAAGCUGUUAGACUUCAUCAAGCACAACCAGCUGCCUUUGGUCAUCGAGUUCACUGAACAGACAGCUCCAAAGAUUUUCGGAGGUGAAAUCAAAACACAUAUUCUGCUGUUCCUGCCCAAGAGUGUGUCUGACUACGAUGGCAAAUUGAGCAACUUUAAGAAAGCGGCCGAGGGCUUUAAGGGCAAGAUCCUGUUCAUCUUCAUCGAUAGUGACCACACUGACAACCAGCGCAUACUUGAGUUCUUUGGCCUGAAGAAGGAGGAAUGUCCAGCUGUGCGGCUUAUUACCCUGGAGGAAGAGAUGACCAAGUACAAACCGGAGUCAGACGAGCUGACAGCUGAGAAGAUCACACAAUUUUGCCACCACUUCCUGGAGGGCAAGAUCAAGCCCCACCUGAUGAGCCAGGAACUGCCUGAAGACUGGGACAAGCAGCCAGUGAAAGUGCUAGUUGGGAAAAACUUUGAGGAGGUUGCUUUUGAUGAGAAAAAGAACGUGUUUGUUGAAUUCUAUGCUCCCUGGUGUGGUCACUGCAAGCAGCUAGCCCCGAUUUGGGAUAAACUGGGAGAGACAUACAAAGACCAUGAGAAUAUCGUCAUCGCUAAGAUGGACUCAACAGCCAAUGAGGUGGAAGCUGUGAAGGUGCACAGCUUUCCCACACUCAAGUUCUUCCCAGCAAGUGCAGACAGAACGGUCAUUGAUUACAACGGUGAGCGGACACUAGAUGGUUUUAAGAAAUUCUUGGAGAGCGGUGGCCAGGAUGGAGCGGGGGACAAUGACGACCUCGACCUAGAAGAAGCUUUAGAGCCAGAUAUGGAAGAAGACGACGAUCAGAAAGCCGUGAAGGAUGAACUGUAGUGCAGAAGCCAGAUCUGGGCGCCUGAACCCAAAACCUCGGUGGGCCAUGUCCCAGCAGCCCACAUCUCCGGAGCCUGAGCCUCACCCCAGGAGGGAGCGCCAUCAGAACCCAGGGAAUCUUUCUGAAGCCACACUCAUCUGACACACGUACACUUAAACCUGUCUCUUCUUUUUUUGCUUUUCAAUUUUGGAAAGGGAUCUCUGUCCAGGCCAGCCCAUCUUGAAGGGCUACGUUUUGUUUUAAUUGGUGGUGUACUUUUUUGUACGUGGAUUUUGUCCCAAGUGCUUGCUACCAUAUUUGGGGAUUUCACACUGGUAAUGUCUUUCCUGUUAGAGAGGUUUAUGCUAUCACUUCAGAUUUCGUCUGUGAGAUGUUUCAUCUUCCUGACAUGUCUCCAUGUCGAGGUACUUGUUCCACCACGCAGACCUCCCUGAGACCCCUUCCUGCCCUGCGCAGGAGGCGAUGGUUCUGGGUCGUAUGCUCUCUCUCUCUCCACCUUGUACUAGUGUUGCCAUGACAGCAUGGCUUUUGUAGUUUGCAUUUAACCUGGGGAUUUCUGCAUCCUGUCAGAGGGUGGGUCCCCACGUGUGGAAAAGAGACAGUGUGGCUUGCUGCCAGGCUCAGGCCAGGCCUGGACAGCUCUCACUCUUCUUAAGCCAGAACUACCGACCAGCCGGCCGGCUGUGGGCACAUUACUCUGGCUGCUGGAUCCUCUUCCAGCAUGGCAUGUGGCCUGUGUGAGGCAGAACCGGGACCCUUGAUUCCCAGACUGGGAGUCAGCUAAGGACACUGGGGCUGAAUGAAAUGCCCAUUCUCAAGGCAUUUCUAAACCAUAAUGUUGGAAUUGAACACAUUGGCUAAAUAAAGUUGAAAUUUUACUACCCAUUGUCA